AUGUCGACCGAAGUCAAGUUUCCGGUGGAGGGAGGAUGUGACUGCAAGGAGGCUGUCCUGACCAUUCCCUCUCUUAUAAACGCAGGGUGUCAACGUGAAACCGGCUCUGCGUUCGCCAUCAACGCCGUGAUCGAAUCCGACCGCUUCGAGCUCUCGAAGGGAAAGACAGAGACAAUCCACACGCCGUCUGAGAGCGGGAUAGGCCAGGAUAUAGUCCGCUGCAGUAGCUGUCGAGUUGCUCUCUGGAGUCACUACCCAAACACGGGGAAGUUGACCUCCUUCGUUCGAGUUGGGACGCUGGACGACCCGAACAAUCUACCGCCAGACGUCCAUAUAUUCACAUCCACGAAGCAGAAAUGGGUUGUUAUUCCACCAGGAGUCCCUGCCGCAGAGAUAUUCUAUGAGCUGGAUAAAACCUGGAGCAAGGAGAGCUUGGAGAGGAUGGAGGUGCUGAAGCCGGCGAUCGAGAAGCACAAAGAGGAUCUAGCAAAGCGCGGUCUCAAAACAUGGUAG